UAUUGACCGGCAAUAGAACAUUUUGAUUGGUUGAUUUUAGUUAUUGGCCCUCUCACUGCCUGAGUCGUGUAAUGAAUUGUAAUUGAGCCUUACCAUGGGCUAUGAAAAUAAGGGCAAAUUUAACAAUCAGCUUCCAUGAGACAACUUACUGGUAUAAUGCCAAACUGUUCUUGAGCUCUUCACCUGCUAAUUAAAUGAAAAAAUAGAAGUUUUAAUUUUUGGUGUUUGUCUUGAAAUCUUUUUUUUUUUUAGAAAAAAGAGGUAAAAAAUUAGGGUGUAUAUUAUACACGGGUGUGUAUUAUACACGCGUAAAUACGGUACUUGAUAAUGAUGAUGAUGACAUCCUCCAGAUGGUCAACACUUUUCUACUGUCCCUCAAUUUAUAACAGGAAAACCCUUUGGCUGUUAAGUGAUCAUGCAGUCUACAGUAAUCUUGCUGGCAAAAGUAGUCCCACUAAAAAGGCGUUGUUAUGAUAGUGCUGGAUGUUGCCACAACCUGAAUGCAUGUCAUUAUCAGAGUCGAGUGUUAUAGAGAAAUUAUUAACCACAAUGUUUAUUUGACUUUGUGAUCAGUGGUUAUCUUUUGAAUGUUGCUGUUUUGAUCCUAGCCUGAGGAUUUAAUUAAAGCAUUAAUGGAGCUUGAAAAUUCUGCUUCACAAGAUGCAGCUGUCAGGGAAAAGAUUGCUAAUUUACCAGCUGAAGUUCAAGAUGUAUCUCUUUUAGAAAAAAUCGAAGAUAAAGAAACCGGUGAUCGUCUUUCCAAGAUUGUUGAUGAGGCUUGUUUUUUACUGGCUGAUUAUAAUGGUAGACUCGCUGCCGAGCUGGAAGAUAGAACAGCAAUAUCCAAAAUGCUGGCCGCAUUUAUACAGCUACAGAAAGAUAAACUAGCAGAAUCAGAGAAAAAACUUGAGGAAUACAAGGCCAAACAGGAAAAGGUUCAACUUGUCAGACAAGAGCUGAAAUCCCAUUUAGAAAAUCUCCCAGACCUUACGAAGCUUCCAGAUCCCGCAGGAGGUCUAGCUCCGUUACCGUCUGCAGGGGAUUUAUUUGCUUCUGGAAGCAAGUCAUGAGACUGAACUUUGUUUUAAUGUUUGACUAGUAUAUAAUUUAUUUAUGUCUUUAGUACAUAUAUAUAUAAAGAUUAACUCAUGGGCUCUUAAUUCUCUUCAUUCAAGAACGACAUCUUAUGUAUGCACAACGUGGAGAGUUCGUGUAUGUUUUUAAAGCUUGUGUAAUGUCUCAAUUUGGAAAAGAAUUGAGAGAGCGAAUAGUAACAGAUUUCUUUAAAGAACACAACUGGUUUUGUAGGAAAAAUAUAAUUACUUAAUCUGAAUACUGUUGAACAAUAAACAGUGUGUGGAAGUAAACGAUUCUUUAGCGUGACGACUCGGAUGAUUUUCAAAUUUAAUACUUUUUCUUCAUUUUAUGUGUACAGACGAGUUAAGAAAAUUUGACUGGCCAUUUUGAAUGUCGUAAUUUUCUCACCGUUUCUUGGUAGAACUAGGAAAUUUUGUAUCAGUGAAACGAGAUUGUAGGCGACUUCUGAUCCUAACGACUUUUCUCCGAUUAAAAGAGAUAGACUGCU